GUGGAAAACGAAGUGAACUUUCGUCUGGUAAUUACACGGGCUUGCAUGUUAUUUUUUGCUUCUGAGCCAUUGGAAGCAUUGCGUUUGGCGAUCAAGGCCUACCCUCCGAUAAGCAAUUCAUCUCCCGUAUUUUUAUUGGAGCCUGAAAGUGCUUCCAACUCGUGGAAAAUCGAUCAGACCGAUGCAAAAGAAUUGCUUUGUGGUUUGUUCCUGUUCAAGUCAAGCGAUGCCGAUUCUGUCGACGAGAUCGUUCGGUCCGCCUGCACUCCACUAGACUCGUCAGCCUCCAACACGGCGCAAGAAACAAAUGCAGUCUGCGCCGAUCAAUUGUACGAAAGCCUGUGCAGUAAAGCGCAUGCCCUCCUGCAUUGUUAUGCGUCAUACGAGGCCGAAUUGAGUCGUAUCUUUGGUAGACGUGGUCGUCCACUAACCGAGUCCCGUUCCAUCUCAACAUCACAAAUCAGUCUAUCCAGUCUGCACAAUUCAGACACGCCGCGAGAACCCAGCGAUCCGGAACAAGAACCUAUGUUAUGGACAUCAAAUCAGUUCGAGAAACGAAACAACACGCCCGCGGAGACGUUCAUCCAGAACCGAAGCGACGCCACCUGUUCUGUCGCCUAUCGUCGUCCAUUGCAAAAUGCGUCCCGCCAAUGCGCUCGGAGUACGGGAACAGAGAUUGUAAAGUGA